AAUGUCAGAACCUCAGGAACCGAACGGCCAUACUAAUGGUACAGCAAAGAGUGCUUCAGGGUGGGAUGGCAAGCUUCGAGUCAACAAACAGGCCACCCUCGCCAACCCCGAAGCGCUAGAGGACUCCGACUACUCAGAUGAGGAUGCGCCGCCAGUGGAGCAGAUCGACGCCGACGAGGAUUUGCUCGAAGGUGAGGAUCCAGAAGUAGAGGAAAUCGAACUCCUUCACUCUAAGAUCACAUCGAUACCCGCUCUCCGCCUCGAACGAUUCAAGAACCUCAAACGACUAUGUCUACGGCAAAAUCAGAUUCAGCACCUUGAGCUACCCGAGACCUGCAAAACCACGUUGGAAGAGCUUGAGCUGUAUGACAAUCUACUAAAGCAUAUCGACGGCGUUGAGGAAUACACAGAACUGCGCAUCCUCGACCUCAGCUACAACAAGCUCAAGCACAUCAAGCGCGUGAGCACUCUCAAGAAGCUGGAUCAUCUGUACUUUGUGCAAAACAGGAUAUCCAAGAUCGAAGGAUUGGAGGAGCUGACCAAUCUGACAUAUCUCGAGCUUGGUGCGAACAGGAUACGAGAAAUCGAAGGUUUGGAGACUCUGACCAAGUUGGACAGUCUAUGGCUAGGACAAAACAAGAUCACAGAAUUGAAGGGACUUAGCACUCUGACGAACCUUCGGACACUCAGCAUCCAGGCCAAUAGACUCUCGUCUCUCGACGGCAUUGAAGCUUUGCCGCAACUUACGGAGCUCUAUAUCAGCGACAACAAGGUGACGUCUCUGGAACCACUCAAAGCUUGCACCAAGCUUGAGAUCCUGGAUUUUCAAACGAAUCCCAUCACUUCCCUGGUUGGCCUUGAGGACCUCAAGGAUUUGGAAAACAUCUGGGCGUCAAAUUGUCAAAUUGACAGCUUUCAAGAAGUGGAGCGGGCUUUAAAGGAUAAGGAGAAAUUAGAGGAGGUAUACUUCGAAGGCAAUCCACUGCAGAGGCAGAAUGCGGUGCUCUAUCGGAACAAAGUGCGGUUGGCACUGCCGCAGAUCUCGAAGAUUGAUGCUACAUACGUAAAAGUAGCAUGAUUGUCAUUUCCGAAGAAGCAGUCUCUCAUUUAGCGUGGCGCUCGGGCGUUGGAGAAGGCGCUGCGCUCAGGUGCGCUACAUGUUAUAUACGGCUUUCCGGUCACUUUAGAGAUAGGCACCGCCACUGCGACGAAGACAUGCCAAUGGAGAAAAUGAGAUGCCAAGAAUGAGAAGACACUUUGC